UUCGAUGAAACAUAUCUACCUGUUUGAAAUGAUGAGAGAAUGGAAGGGAGGGCACCUUGCCAAUGGUAAAAAAUUCGACGUCAGGCUCUCGUUCCGGACGAAAAAACCGCCAGAAGCUGUUUGAAUCCGGAGAUGAGCAGCGAUGCCCGCGGCACAAGCAAGUGUGCGGAAUUGCAGUGGCCGCCACAGCGUUUAUGUGGUGUGUCUUGCUCCUCUCCACUUGGCGAGUACUGGAAAAGGAUGGGCCAAAGAUGCCAGAUCCGAACAUGCAACCGGUCAUCAAAAGCCUGCAAAGCAGGAUCAUGACCUUGGAGAAAGAGCUCGCGCAAGCCAAUGAGGCCCUGGUCCAAAAGGAUCAAAUUCUGGCCGAGCUGCGAAACGUGCCAAAGGACUCAAAGCAGGUUGUGCAAACACAACAACCUGAAUUCGUGCAAAAGACUAAAGCGCUCCAACUGCGCGGUUCUAGUGGGACUACUGAGCCUGAAACCACCGCCCAACAUGGAACGUGCGAUUUCCAAGAGAAUGCGGAUUACACCAUCAUGGGAGGCCGAGGGAAAGAGGAGCUGGCCAAGUCCAAUUCAAACAGGGGAGAGUGCUGCCAGCUAUGCCAGCAACGGAACCGAGCAGCGCUCGGAUCCUGCACCGUUGCAGUCCUUAGCUCCGCUUCUGACGCUCCUCCUAUGGCGUGCUGGAUCAAGGCCACUCCACAAAUGGGAGUACGCAUCAUUGGCAUCCUCAAGCCACAUAGAAAGGAUGGAGUGGUGGCCUGUUUUCCUCCAGGGCAUAGCGACAUUCCCUCGCUUCCGCCCACUCUGCCACCAGACACCGCCAUACUUGAUCAUGAGAAAGGUAUAGCAUCGUUGCUCCCUGGUAUUGGCCCAGCGGCGCGGACGAAUGCCAUCCGUGAUUCGAUCCGACAUGCGUGGUCUCGCUACAAGCAGCUUGCUUGGGGAAUGGACGAGCUAUUGCCGAUUGCUGGAAGGGGCCGAAAUCGUGGCUUUUCUCUGGCAACAACUAUGGUAGACUCGUUAGACACGUUGUGGCUGGCGGGACUUCGAGAUGAGUUCGAUGAAGCCAAAGAUUGGCUUGCGUCGAACUUGCCACAGAAGAUCCAUGCCGUGAGCAAUGGUGUGUCGGUCUUUGAGACAAACAUCCGAGUGCUCGGAGGUCUCUUAUCUGCACAUGAUCUUUCAAAGGACAAAACCUUUUUGGAUCUGGCAGACAAGUUGGGACGAAGAAUCCUGUCGACCGUGAAUCCUCGAGGAAUCACACCCUACACGUUUGGAGGUGGACGUGGAGGGAGCGGAUGCCCAAGCCUGGCGGAAUCUGGAACUCUUCAGCUGGAAAUGAGAUACCUCUCCCAUGCAACUGGUGAUGACACGUUCGCCUCAAAGUCCAUGAAGUUCUAUGAGACUGUGCAAGGUGCAAGGUCCUUGGACGGACUGUGGCCAAAUUGCUUUGAGAAAGGGAAAGGGAAGAUAACUUUCGGUGCUGAUGGGGACUCCUUUUACGAGUACUUGGUGAAGGUGUGGUUGCAGGGUGGCAAGAGAGAGAAUGAAAGCUUCCUCAAAGGAAUGUACGACAAGGCAGUGAAAGGGCUGCAGAAGCAUUUGGUGAGGAAGGGUACUGAUGGCCUCAGCUACUUGGGAACUGUAACUUGGGAUGCGAAUUCUGGAUCGACAUCCUACAUUCCGGAAAUGGAGCACUUGAUGUGCUUUGUGCCUGGAUGGUUAGCACUUGGUGCACAGCACAGCGAAGACAGGGCGACCGUUAUGGAGCUCGCUGAUGCCAUUGCAUACACAUGCUGGCAAAUGUACGAGCAACAGCCAACAGGCAUUUCACCAGAGCGUGUGAAAGGAGAGGCGAUGGAUCUCAGCAAAACCAACACCCGAGAGUACAUUUUGCGUCCUGAGGCACUUGAAGGCUGGUGGUACAUGCUCGAGACCACGCAGGAUUCCAAGUUCCGAGAAUGGGGCUGGAGAACCUUCAUGGCCUUUGAGAAGUGGUUGUGGGUUCCAAAUGGGUACGCGUCUCUGAAAGAUGUGCGUGCAACGUCCAAGAAUUACUUGGACAGGAUGGAAAGCUUUUUCAUUGCAGAGACUCAGAAGUACCUUCUGCUACUGCAGGAUCCCGACCACACCAUGAAGUUGGACCGCUACGUCUUCAAUACAGAGGCUCAUCCACUGUCCAUUUUGCAGUCUGAAUCGUCCUAAACGUGCACGAAUCUGACAUCGGCUGUGCCGCGUAGCUGCGUAGCCACAGCAGAGCCGAGCAGACGAGCAUCGCUUC